AUGCAUUAUAAGGUCUUCAUCGCAACGUUGCUACUUGUAACAACUGCAAACGCCCUUAUGGCAGCGCCAGUACUUCUCGGCUCCCACAAGCUCGUCAAGGGUCUCCAUCUGGAGAUCCUCAAACCUAACACCAAGACUCAGUCACCAGAGAACGUGACGAAUAUGCUCAAAAAACUUGUUACGGAGUGUUCAAGUGAUGUUUAUGUGAUUGUGGACGUGCCAGGUCUCGAAUCCCCCGACUUGACGGUGAGCAAAGAAGCCAAUUGGCCUAAUUUGGUCAAGUACCUUCACAUGUCCUCUUCAGUGGUAGGACUUCCCUGGAUGGAGGGAACACUUGAUCUCUCAUUCUUGGAGAAGUAUAUAGUGCGGACCUGUAAAGCAGAGACGGUGGUUGUGCAUGAGAAAGAGGAGGAGGUGGAGCAGUAUAGAGAUAUUCGUAAACGAGUGAUCAAGAUGGAUCUUAAGGAGAUUCCCGAGAACCAGCCCGAUAGAGACGUGGCUAUUCGGGCAGUUGACGACUUGAUCCGUAAGAUCUUGAGAAAACUUCCAUCUCCUCACUAUACUAUACUUUUGACUCUGAGCAAGACGUCUACGGUGCAUCCAGUUCCAGAUUUUGCAAUGACUGAAAUGCCCGACCAUUUCGAGAUCUUUAACGAUAUUGUCAAUGAUCCAAGAAGAGAACACGAGGUGGAAAGAAAUAACUACAUGUAUAAAGAGGCCGAGCCGUAUUGGAACGAUAAUCGAGACCCAUCGGUGAUUCAUGCAGAGAAGAUGAGAGCCCAGGAGAUCCAUUUGUUUGAUUAUGAGUUGUGGGAGCAAAAUGAGAGGUUAGUGAUGGCAGUGAUGUUGAUGGCGGUGAGUUUGUUUGUGGUGAAGGUAUUGGGACGUCCGUUGGUGAGAAUAAUGAGUAUGUUGAGAUUACGUAGGUGA